AUGGAGCAGACCUCAACCCCACGUGUCAACUGCGGUCUUCUAGACUCGUAUGUUGGUCGCAAUGUUAUGGUCGUCGGCAGAGUUCAACAGCUGCGCGGCGACGUUGCACUCAUUGAUGCAGAUGGAAACGUCACCGCAAAUCUGAACCGAGACUCGCACCUCCUCGUCGGCAACGCCGCGCAAAUCAUUGGCAAAGUCAACCCGGACCUGACCAUCAAAGUCCUGAGCUCCCACGACCUCGGCCCGAACGUCGACAUGAACGUCUCGAGGGCGGUCGUUGAGACGUCCCAGAAGCUCAAGGCGCUGUUUGAGUAUGACGGAUCAGAGCAGCCGCAGCAUUGA